AACCUCUGGCACGGCCACGACGCGUGGGCCCCGCCAUGUCUACCCAGUCGUCUCCCCCAACUUGACGCGCUGAUUUGAUUCCUCCACUCCGGCCGCCCGGCCGCCGAUCUCCAGCUGUCCCCCGAUCACCAUUUCCCCCUCCCCACUACUAAAUCCAACACCUCCGCAUCCGUCUCCGUCUCCACCGCCAUGGCUUCCUCACCGAGCCCCACCUGCCUCGCUGUCCUCCUCCUCUGCGUCAUCUUCUCCGCCGCCGCCGCGCGGUUUGCCCCGGCGGACAACCACCUCCUCGCGUGCGGCGCGGCGGCCUCGGCCGUCCUCCCCGACGGUCGCCGCUUCGUCCCGGACUCCGGCUGCGCCUCCACCCGCCUCCGCUCCCCCGCCCCGACCCCCUCCUCCGCCGCGCCCAACUCCCCAUCGCCCCCUUCCCAGCUACACGCCGCCGCGCGCGUCUUCUCCUGCCGAGCGUCCUACGACUUCCUCGUCCGUCGCCGCGGGCACCACAUCCUCCGCCUCCACUUCUACCCCUUCGACUCCGCCCUCUCCGCCUCCCGCUUCCACGUCGGUGCCGGGGGGUUACUCCUCCUCCACAACUUCACCGCCUCGUCCCCUGUCGUGAAGGAGUUCAUCCUCUCCGUGGACUCCGACGUAUUCGUCCUCACCUUCGUCCCCGAGGCCGGCUCUACUGCCUUCAUCAACGCCAUCGAGUUCGUCUCGUCGCCCGAGGAGCUUGUCGGCGACAUCGGCACCCUCGUGACAUCCGGCGGCGCCGCUCAGAUCGACGGCCUGUCGUCUCAGGUUUUUGAGACUCUGUACAGGAUCAACGUUGCCGGGCGCAAGGUCACGCCGUUCAAUGACACUCUCUGGCGGACAUGGGUUAACGAUGUGGACUUCCUCGUCAAAACGGACACGUCCUCGUCUAACUACAUGGCAUGGUCGUUCAGUGGUCGGAUUGCUUAUCCCAAGGAUAGCAGGCUGAUGAGCCGGGAGGUGGCUCCCGACAAUGUCUACAACUCAGCGAGGUCAGCGAGGUCAGGGCGCAAUGUGACUUGGGGUUUCUCUGUGCCUGCUGGCAGCCGUUACCUCGUGCGCAUGCACUUCUGUGACAUUGUUAGCAAGGUGCUGUAUGAGCUCUACUUCAACAUCUAUGUCAAUGGUCAUCUUGCAGUCAAGGAUUUUGAUCUCUCCAGUGCCACCGGGUUCUUGGCUUAUCCUUAUUACAUUGACUUCGUUGUGGAUGUGGAGGAUGAGGGGAUGCUGAAGUUGGCCAUUGGCGGCUCAGAGAAGAGCCUAUCUGACAAAGCAAGCGGUAUCCUUAACGCACUGGAGAUAAUGAGGAUGAAAAAGAUGAGUGGCGGUAUGGAUGGGGAUUUCCCAGUUGCUCUGGACAUGGAAAAUGUGACGAGUAAGGGGAUUGGGGAAUUUGUUCGCUCCCUGCUUUGUGGAUUCAUCUUUGCGGGUCUAUUUGUGGCUUUGGUCAUGCUGAUGAUGAGGUUGAGGGCCGAGCUGAGGAAUAAUGGUACAGCUUGGUCUUGGCAGCCAAUGGAUUCUGGUGAAGGGAAAUUGGCUAGAGCAUAUCAGCUUGUCCCCAGCAAGACAGACUAUUGAGUGGCAUGACAUGAGCAUCUUCGAGGAGUUGCAAACCAUGGCUGUUGUAUGUAUCUAAUGACGUAAUACUUCUAUUCGGUUGUAAGUAUUGUAGUUCUAUUACGUUAAAAAAAAAGUAUUGUAGUUCUAUUACGUUAAAAAAAAGUAUUGUAGUUUACAUAUUUGCUCCUUCUGUGCUUGAACUUUGGGCUGUUUCUGCUUCGCUAAUUGAGGACAUGCUCAUUAUGUUGUAAAAGUAUUUUACCCUAGAUAUGUCUGUAUUGGUACUAUUUCACUUAUUCAGUUCAAGUUGUGAAUUAUGCUUGAAUGAAUGCCUUUAGUUUAAA